UGAUGUGUCCGGCGUCGAGGGCUCCCAAUUACGACGUCUGGUCCAACGCUGAGCCCACUAUCGAUGUCGAUGUCCUGAUGCCUAACGGAAUACUAAUUACCGUUAAUGUUAUGAAAGAAAUCACUUUCUUUGAGAUCAAAGAGUUAGUACAUAAAAUAAUAUUCGAGGAGAAGUGUCAGAAAGAGCCACUGUUUGGUGCUCUUCACGACAAGCAGACCUAUGUCUUCACUUACGUCGAUAUGAGUUCAUCGGAACAGCAAGAGCUGGACGACGAAGAGGUACGGCUGUGCGAUGUCUGCCCUUUUCUGGCACUCCUGAGGCUCAUUGAGAAGAAGGGCGACAAAGCGGCCCUUCAAUUGGACGCACAAAUCGGUUUACUUAUUGGCAAAAAUUUGAAAGAAUUUGAUUCGCUUAAGAAUCCAGAAGUGAAUGAUUUUCGAUUCAAAAUGAGAACUUAUGCCGAAGAAGUGGCUCAACAAAGGGAACAGAAAACAUGGAUCGAGAAAAUGAUAUAUCAGUUCCCGAUUGGUAUUGAUUUCAGUCGAGAAUUGCCGGUAUAUCUCAAAGAAAGACUGAAUAAAUGCUCAGAUAUUGCUAUCAAAUUGAGAUUUGAAAAUUCUUCGUUAUGUCAGGAUUUAUACAUAAAAUAUGAUUCGCAACCGGAAGAGAUUAUAGAGAUUGGAUUAGAUACUGAUCCAGAAGCUUACGGCUCUGCCAACGCUUACUUACUUAAACUUAAUGGUCGUCUCGAAUAUCUAUUAGGAAAUUACCAAUUGAUUCAAUACAAGCCGAUUCGGGAAAUGAUAGUUAACGAAGAAACACCAUAUUUAGUGGGAGUACUUAUAUCUAUCGAUGACGAGCCCAUAUACUCGAUACCAGAGAUGCCACGAAAUCGGUCGCAAUCUGUUUUGUCUAUCACUGGAACCACUAGACGAAGGAAUCAAGUGAUCAGUUCGUGGACUAUAGAGAGAAAACUUGUGAUACAUAUAAAAAGCGCACAAAGAAUUGUCAAUUCAGAUAAUACUAGAGUUGUGAUAAUGUGUGGUCUAUUCCAUGGAGGAGAUCCGUUAUGUGAUCAUCAAAUGUCUUCUCCCAUUACGCCUAAUGAGUCGGGCGAUGGCCAGUGGGAAGAGGAUAUCAUUUUAGACAUUAAAAUAUGUGAUAUCACACGAAUGGCCAGAUUAUGCUUCUCAGUGGUGGCCAUCGGAAACAACUCGAAGAAAGCGAAGGCUAAACAGACGCCCAUUUCGUGGGCCAAUACAACUAUAUUUGAUUUCAAGAAUAUUCUGAAAACGGGUUCAAUCACUCUCUCGAUGUGGGACUUCGAGAAUGUGGUCGAAGACACAGAAUUAGAGCUUUUUAACCCAUUGGGAACAGUUGUGCCCAAUCCUAAUGUGGAUCAGACCACGUGUCUGACCAUUACGUUCAACAAAUACUCUGACGGCGAGACACAAAUCACAUUUCCAUCGAUGAGUGAUCUCUUAAAACAGACGGCACUCAACAAAAGCAUAACAGACGGUAUCGAUGAGAAUGAGGUGAUGGAUGAGACGCCCACUCACUCCCGAAACACACGACACGCCAGCAAACAGUUCGUGGAACAGAUCAAAGAGAUCUGCGACAGAGACCUCUUGCAUAAGAUCACAGAACAGGAGAGGGAGUUGUUGUGGUUCUUGAGAGAGGAUUGUCGUAAUCUAUUACCGCAUUCGUUGAACAAACUCUUGAUUUCGUUCAAAUGGAAUAAUCAUAAAAGAGUGGCACAAGUGUUGAGUUUUCUUCAGGAGUGGCCAAAACUGGUGCCCGAAAAGGCACUCGAGUUACUCGACUACGCGUACGCCGACUGUUGGGUCCGUAAGUUUGCCAUCGAGUGUCUCAAAGGCAUAACCGACGAGGAAUUGUCGCUAUAUCUGUUGCAAUUGGUUCAGGCGCUCAAAUACGAGUCGUAUAUGUACUGCGAUUUAGUGCACUUCCUAUUAGAGCGCGCGUAUAAUAACCAACGGAUCGGUCACUCAUUGUUUUGGUUACUCCGGAGCGAAAUGCAUGUGCCGGCAGUUUCCGUCACUUUCGGACUCAUACUCGAAGCCUACUGUAGGGGUGCUAUGGAUCACAUGCAGAUUCUGGUGCGCCAAACGGAGGCCCUGAGUAAACUGAAACGUGUCAAUGAAAUGAUUAGAGACGAUAAGAGUAAAGAGAGUCGCGACAAGAGAAUCGUUUUAAUGCAAGACAUUAUUGGCCGCAAGUAUUACGAGGAGUCGCUCCUCCAUAUCAUCAACCCAUUGAACCCGAUCUACAAAUUGGGAUCAAUUCGUAUAAACAAAUGCAAAUUUAUGGACUCAAAGAUGAAACCUCUUUGGCUGGUCUUCAAGAAUGAAGACGAAGACGCGUCCGACACGUAUCUCAUCUUCAAGAACGGAGACGACUUGAGACAAGACAUGUUGACUCUGCAGAUGAUUAGGAUAAUGGAUAAGUUGUGGAAAGACGAGGGACUGGACUUUCGUAUGAAUGCGUACCGAUGCAUAUCCACCGACCAUAACGUGGGUCUCAUUGAAGUGGUCUUAAACGCCGACACCAUUGCCAACAUCCAGAAAGAGAAGGCCGUCUCAGCGAUCGCCGCCUUCAAGAAGGAGUCACUCCUGUCGUGGCUUAAGGACCACAACCCGACCGAAGAGAGCAUCAAUAAGUCUAUUGAAGAAUUCACCCUAAGCUGCGCCGGUUAUUGUGUGGCCACAUAUAUACUAGGAGUGGCCGACCGGCACAACGACAACAUUAUGGUCACCAAAAACGGACAGUUGUUUCACAUAGACUUCGGCCACAUUUUGGGCAAAUUUAAGGAGAAGUUCGGUAUCCGACGCGAGAGAGUGCCGUUCGUAUUGACCAAUGACUUUGUGUAUGUGAUAACUCACGGCCAGAAACCCGAGCGGUCGGACGACUUCAUCCGUUUCCAGCAGUACUGCGAGCAGGCGUUUAUGAUCAUCAGGAAAAGGGGCUCUUUUAUCAUAUCCUUGUUUGCGAUGAUGUUAUCCACGGGAAUACCAGAGCUCUCGUCCGUCAAAGAUCUCGAUUACUUAAGGGAAACACUGGUUCUCGAUCUGAACGAAGAACAGGCGAGAAAUCACUUCAAAUCCAACGCUGAAGAAGAGCUGGAAGACAUCGUUGAACUGGUAGUCAAAGAUCUCGAUUACUUAAGGGAAACACUGGUUCUCGAUCUGAACGAAGAACAGGCGAGAAAUCACUUCAAAUCCAAGUUUACCGAAGCGCUGAAGAAGAGCUGGAAGACGUCGUUGAACUGGUGGGCGCACUCUAUGGCCAAAGACAAUAAAAUGGCCGAU